AUGGCCGCCGCGACCACCCUGUCCUCCCAGGAGCAGACCUCCAACUUUGCCCUCCAGCAGUACCUCCUCCUCCAGUCCCAACACGAGGAGCUCCGCCAGCACCUGGACACGAUCCGCCCCAUGACGACCUCCAACACCUCCCUCUCUUCGUCACCUUCCGUAUCGCCGACGCGCAGCACCUGCUCGCCCUUUGGCCAGUACCCCAACGGCGGUAGGAGGCACCACAGCCGAAGCCGCCGCACGUCGCUAUCGAGCCCCAAGGCCCGCCGCAGCAGCUCGCUCGCGCCCAUCGCCGACGAGACGACCAUCUGGGCGGUCGCCGAGGAGGAGCAGCGCCUCUUCGACGUCAACGAGGGCAUGAAGCGGGCCCUGAUGGAGCUUCUCAGCUGCGAGCAGGUGCGGAGCGACAGCUCGUUCCGCAUGUGGGUGCAGUGUCGGCUCAUGGACACGGAAAAGGAACUCCGUUCGGAGAGACGACGCAAGAGUGCCCCGUGA